AUGAUGGGCCGAUCCUAUACGAUUUGGGUCGCCACGUUGGCGGCAACGGGGUCAUUCCUGUUUGGGUAUGACAGCGGCGUGAUGACCGACGUGAUCGCCUCGCCCAAUUUCUUGCAGUACUUCAGUACUACGCAGACAUCGUCCAUUAUCGGAGCAAUCAACAGUACCUUCUCCGGGGGAGCCGUUAUCGGGGCCUUGCAAGGUGGCUUGACAAUGGAUCGCUUUGGGCGCAAAUUCACAAUUCACAUGGGCGCAUUUAUAUGUCUCAUCGGUGCGACUCUUCAGGCGGCGGCCCGGAACUUGGUGAUGAUCCUGGUGGGUCGCAUCUUGGCAGGAUGGGCCGUCGGACUCAUGUCCAUGUCGGUCCCGGUCUAUCAGGCUGAGUUUGCUCAUCCAAAGUCCCGUGGCUUGAUUGUGGGCUUGGCCCAGCAAAUGAUUGGAGUUGGGUUCAUUGUCAGCACAUGGAUAGGAUAUGGAUCCCUCCACGCAUCAGACUCUAGCCAAUUCCAGUGGCGCUUCCCGCUGGCUUUUCAGGUUGUUCCCGCAUCGGUGUUGGUUAUUGGAAUGAUCUUCCUGCCCGAGUCUCCACGAUAUCUCAUCGAGAAGGGAAGGUUUUCAGAGGGAAAGCGGGUGCUCCACAAGUUGCACUUUGACGGUACCAAUGAGGACUGGAUUGAAGCCGAAUACAACGAGAUCUGCCGGACGAUCGAAGCCGAGCAGUGUGUGGCUGUGCAGGGCUGGAUGCCCAUGUUCGCCGUUCCUCAAUGGCGGACUCGGAUGCUUCACGGACUUGCGGUUCAAGCUUUCACCCAAAUGACCGGUAUUAACGUGAUUGGGUACUAUCAAACGAUCAUGUACAGGGCGCUCGGUUUCACGGGAAGCCGCAACACGCUCGUUGCUGGGCUAUAUAAUUCCGUGGGCCCAAUAUCGAACCUCAUCUUCAUCGCCUUCAUCCUCGACCGUGUCGGUCGUCGCAAGCCGCUGAUCUUCGGAACGAUAGGCAUUUCGCUCGCGCUGAUCUGUGAGGCAGUGUUAAACUCUCAGAAUCCGGACGGUCAACGAAUCGGAUACAGCAUCGGCGGGGUGUUUUUCCUUUUUGCCGUGUCGGUGAUAUUCUCUCUUUCAUACGGACCUGUUGGCUGGGUGUAUAUGGCAGAGGUCAUGCCGAUGCAGAUUCGAGGCAAGGGCAACGCCUUCGCAGUCGGAAUCGGAAACUGGGCAGUCAGUACGCUGUGGAAUCAGGUAUCGCCUAUUGCAUUAGGGAAGCUUCAAUGGAGGUUUUAUUUUGUCUUUGUGGCCUGGAAUCUGUGUGUGUCGCUUCCGGUGAUCUACUUCUACUUCCCGGAGACGAAACAGAAGACACUCGAAGAGAUCGACCAGCUGUUUGAGCGGGUGCUGGAACGAACCCCCGAGGAAGGCAAUGUGGUGCAUCCACGGUCGGAGAAGGAGGAGGCGGGGGUCACGGCGAUGAACAUCGAGGAUGCCAGAUGUAUCCACGACUAG